AUGAUCGACGGUCAUGAUGAAACGGGAAAAGUAGCGGCAGAAAAAUUAUACGUUCCACCAGAGAAAACAGAAAUCGCUCGCCCUAAUGAAGAGACGGAUGACGAACGAAAUAUGUUGAGUACAUACGCCGAGAUCAAAAAUGGUUCAUCGAACAUGUUUGAUAUGGCACGUCUGGACUCAAAUACAGAAGAAAUACUUGAUCAAAGACAAGUGACAGUAGAAUUACAGGAUUUUGAGAACGCAUCACCCGAUACUAUGAAUAAAAGCUGUCGAUUCCUAGAAGUUACCAUGGAGAAAUUAAACCUGACUAAUACGAAUACUAUCAGCUAUAUUAGAGAAGAAUUAAGUCAUAUGGUAGGAUAUGCCGACCAGCCUUUGCUGCCACUCUAUGAAGCAUGUGCUCCGCUCAUUGGGACCAUUCACAAUGUAUCGUUCUACGUUCAGUUAGCAUUGGAUGAAACUCCAAAGCAGCCAGCCAACGGACUGACAAUAGACGAGAGCGCUUCAAUUCGUCUCUACACGAUUGAAUGGGAAUCACCACAUCAAAGUCUCCAUUCGAUGCUCAAUUACGCGCUCAAUACUGCUGUUCGAAAGGAGCUUCUAUUCUAUUUCAAAUAUCUCAAAUUGCUCAUGACUGCUCUUGUCAAACUGCCAUGCCUUCCAUCGCAGAUCGUCUGGCGAGGGAUAAACCAAGAUGCGAGCGCGAAGUUUCUACCCGGCACCAUAAUGAAAUGGUGGGCGUUUUCAUCAUGCACAUCAACUAUGACUGCGCUCGAAAGCAACAUGCGUUUGAAUACAGCGGACACACGAACUCUCCUGUCCAUUGAAGCCAUUAACGGCCGAAUGAUAAGUGCUCAUUCACAUUCUGUCAUAGAGGACGAAAUCCUUCUUUUCCCCGGCACUCAUGUGGCCGUUCAAUCGCAAAUGAGUACGAUACCCAAUCUCCAUAUUAUUCACUUAAAACAGAUAAUACCAGAGGACAAACAACUGGAGCUUCCUUUCAAAGAUGCAUAUCUUUAUCCAAAAGUUAAAUUUACAAGAAGUCAAUGGUAUCAAAAGAAGAAAUUUAUCAGUCUCAUAGGUUUACUUACUGCUAUAUUCAUCGUAGCAGUUACUGUUGGUGCUGUUUUGGGAUCAAGAUCUAAACAAAAGUCAGAAGUCAACUAUACUGAAAUAAGAAAAUCUAUUGGUGCUCUACUGAAUGACAAGAGCUAUGAUGAUGGGAGCUACGGCCCAUUAUUCGUUCGAAUGGCUUGGCAUUCGAGUGGCACAUAUUCUCGUUUGGAUUCAACCGGUGGCUCCAACGGUGCAUGCAUGCGCUUUGAACCCGAGAGUGUUUGGGGAGCCAAUAAGGGCUUGAACAUAGCACGAGAACGCCUGGAAGGUGUUUAUCAGGCUUACCCAGGCUUAACCCAUGCAGACUUGUACACACUGGCUGGGGUCGUGGCCAUAGAAAAAAUGGGGGGCCCGAUCAUCAAAUGGCGAUAUGGGCGAAGUGACUAUACAGAUGGGAAAAAAUCACCGCCUGAUGGUCGAUUACCGGAUGCUUCUCAAGGGGCCCAACAUAUCCGGGAUAUUUUCUAUCGAAUGGGUUUUAAUGAUAGUGAAAUUGUCGCUUUGAUUGGUGCUCAUUCUUUGGGUCGGUGUCAUAUUGAUCGAAGCGGUUACGAUGGAGAUUGGACGACUACAACGACCACAUUUUCAAAUGAAUUUUUCCGUUUUCUAUCAGGAGAACAAUGGCAAGAGCAUCAUUGGAAUGGUUCAAAACAAUUCGAAGAUGUGAGGACACAAUCUUUCCUGAUGUUACCAACUGAUAUGGCGCUGAUUCAAGAUCCCGAAUUUAAAAAAUAUGUGGUAGAAUAUGCCAACGAUACAAAUCUCUUUAGCAAGAAUUUUGCAGCUGCUUUUGGGAAACUAUUGGAACUGGGAGUCGACUUCAAAAACAACGUCUGA